AUGUAUCUGCAAACACCUUGGCUGGUUGCCCUAGGCGGGCUUGCUACCCUUGCAUCAUGCGAAAACUGCCGAUAUUCUACACGCAUGCUAGACAGCAUCAAGUCGCGGAACCAAGGCAUCGCUUCUUCAGGAGCAGCAAGCAGUACUCUGGAGAGCGGCGUUCUCGCUAUUGCGCUUGAAGCAACAGUUCGCCAGUACCCAGAUGUACAGGGCGAUUAUGCAGCCUUCCUUGGAGCUGUUCUCGACGCGGCCUCGCCAACUCUGACUAACGCCACUUAUGCCGCGACUCGUCCACUAGAUCGUUUCUCGGUCGCAAGCUCUAUUGAAAAAGCAUCCACGGCAGGAAUCGUCUCCGUAUCGACUGUAGCAGCGUCGGCCUUCGAUGCCCUCAACACCUCGCUUUCCCUGCAGACUCGAAACCCUGACGGUGGCUUAUGGUACUACGUGUAUCCUCAAUGGAGCUACCUGGACGGAAUUUUCUCGGUGCUGCCCUUUAUGGCGUCUCAACCCCAUCCUAAUUACACAGACAUUAGUUUGCAGGUGUCUUUGCUCUAUGACCAUUGUUUCCAAAAGAACACCUCCUUGGUUGCUCACGGCUAUGAUUUUUCGCGCAAAGCCGUGUGGGCGAACGGAGAAACUGGCGCCAGCCCAUACGUCUGGGGCCGCUCGCUGGGCUGGUUCUUGGCCGGACUUGUACAAACCUGGGAAGCUCUGGAUUGCUCCGCUGAAAAAGACGAAGCAAAGGCAGUUUGUGGACAACUGCAGAACGUCACAGCGCAACUCUCAACUUCUCUGGUCAAUUAUGUUGACCCUCAGGCCGGAGUGUGGUGGCAACUCACGACUUUCCCGGGCCGCAGCGGCAACUAUCUUGAGAGCUCUAGCACGGCCUUGUUCAUAUUUUCACUUCUCAAAGGCGUGAGAUUGGGAGUUUUGUCAGAGUCAACGGUCGACUUCACCAAGGUUGCACUACGAGCCUACGAUUACACAGUCAAGAACUUUGUUACCAAUUCAGGAAACGGCACGAUUGGUUAUGACAAGACAGUGUCAGUAUGCAGCUUGAACUCUACGGCCAGCUACGAGUAUUACACCAAGCAACCCUUGGUCCCCAACAGCUUACUGGGAGAAUCGGCGUUUGUCCUCGCGUCUUUGGAGGUUGAGUCAAAGCAGACAAGCGCCCGAAAUAUAAUGUAA